ACCUCAGAGUUUAUCAUUCACCAUAUUGUAUAAUCUUGACAAUGGCUUCUCUUUCGCUUGGCUCCCCUCUUAUUUGCAGAAAUGCCAUUCCGAAAACCAUGCAGAAACCACGUCGCACUCCUCCGCGUUUCACUUGCCCCGUCGUCGUUGCUGGAACGGCCUCGGCUGAGGCUGUCGUUGUCCGUCGGUCCGGAAACUAUCGGCCUUCUCUUUGGGACCAGAAUUAUAUCCAAUCGCUUGAGAACAGAUAUGCCAAAGAAAUUAUAGUCCAGGAGAGAGCCAAUUUGUUGAGACAAGAAGUGAAGAAGAGGCUGGAUGAAACAGAAGGUCCUCUCCAACAACUAGAGCUUAUCGACACUCUGCAAAGGCUCGGACUUUCGUAUCAUUUUGAUCACGAAAUUACGACUGUUCUAACGAAAAUUCACGAGGGAAGAACAAAUAACGCUGGAACAUGUAACAAAAUUGAAGAUUUACAUGCAACUGCUCUCGAAUUCCGUCUCCUUAGACAACAUGGUUUCUUUGUCUCGCAAGAUGUUUUCGAUGAUGUGAAGAACGAGAAGUCAUAUGAAUCUUUUUUAAAAGGCUCAGACGAUGAUAUCAAAGGCUUGCUCUCUUUGUACGAAGCUUCGUACCUUUCGACAAAAUCAGAUUUUGAACUGAAGGAAAUCCGAUCUUAUUCGAAGAAGCGACUAAGUGACGUAAUCAACAAAAGCAACACAAGCGAUGAGAAGGAAUCAUGUAUUCGUGAGAUGAUUAUCCGAUCAUUAGAGAUGCCGUACCACUGGAGACCAUCCACUUUAGAAGCUAGAUGGUACAUAGAUGUGUACGGAAAGAGACAAGACAUGGAUCCCUUUUUGCUAGAAUUCGCCAAGCUUGAUUUCAAUAUCGUACAGUCUUUCUACCAAGAAGAUCUGAAAUCCGCUUUCAGUUGGUGGAACAAGACAGGGCUUAAAGAACUUGACUUUGCGAGAGAUAGAAUACUUGAGAACUAUAUUUGGAACGUGGAAUUAUUUCAUGAGCCUCAACUUGGAAACCAACGUCGAGAAGUCGCCAAAACUUUUGCGUUAACUACAACCAUUGACGAUAUUUACGAUGUUUAUGGCACUGUGGAAGAGCUUGAGCUCUUCACAGAGGCGGUCCGAAGAUGGGAUGUGAACCUUGUCGAUGAACUUCCAGAAUACAUGAGGGUUUGUUUCCUCGUCUUGUACAAUGAGGUCAAUCAGACCGGACAUGAUAUUCUCCGUCAUAAAAAUUUCAAUGUCAUCCCUUAUCUUAAGAAAGCUUGGACCGACUUAACGAGCGCAUGCCUAAUAGAAGCAAAGUGGCACAAGAGUGGAUACAAACCCACAUUCAAGGAGUACAUCGAAAACGCAAGAUUCUCAAUCUGUGGCCUGGUGAUAUUAAUUCACUCUUACUGCGUCUUGGCCGACAAAAUCUCAAAGGAAACCAUAAAAAGUUUGGUCGGAGAUCGUCAACCCAUUGUCAAAGGCUCCGCCACCAUCAUGCGUGUUGUCAAUGAUAUGGGAACUUCAACGCAUGAGCUAGCAAGAGGGGACGUACUAAAAUCCAUGCAAUGUCACAUGCAUGAGACGGGGGGGUCCCAUACGGAAGCACGUGAUCACAUGAUGGACGUGAUCAGCGAUGCAUGGGACGAGAUGAAUCACGAGAAAAUGGCACGUGGCUCUUCACUCCAUCCUCGUUUCCUACAGACAGCGAUCAAUUUGGGACGCAUGUCACUGUGUAUGUAUCAGUACGGUGACGGCCAUGGUUUUCCCGACAGCGCCAAGACGGUCGACCGUACCAAAUCUUUGAUCUUGGACCCCAUUCCGCUCUAUUAAACAACUCUUUGUUACCAGCCAUUUGGAGUUUGGCAUAUGAAUGUGAAACUUAAUUAAGAUAUGUACACUCGAGGCGAAAGGUUUCAACUUUUCGACACCAUGAUCUAGAUAUAUAUUCGAAUAAAACGACUCGAGUUCUACGGCA